CUCGCUUUUAGCUACCUAUAAGCUAUCAUCAUUAGCUGCUGCUCGCCUCUGCUAAUAGCUCCAACUCCUCCAGCUCCAAGCUCUCCCUUCACUACACACGCCGCAAGUCCGCAAUGGCCACCGUGCUCAGCAGCCUCCGCGCGCCUGCCUGCUUCGCCCUCCGCGCGGCCCCGGCGCCGGCGCCGUCCACCGUCCCGCUGCCGGCCAAGGCUCCCCGCGGAGCCAGGCUGCGCGCGCAGGCGACCUACAACGUCAAGCUCAUCACUCCCGACGGCGAGGUGGAGCUCCAGGUGCCCGACGACGUCUACAUCCUCGACCACGCCGAGGAGGAAGGGAUCGAGCUGCCCUACUCGUGCCGCGCCGGCUCCUGCUCCUCCUGCGCCGGCAAGCUCGUCUCCGGCAGCAUCGACCAGUCCGACCAGAGCUUCCUCGACGACGACCAGGUCGCCGCCGGGUGGGUGCUCACCUGCGCCGCCUACCCCACCUCCGACGUCGUCAUCGAGACCCACAAGGAGGAGGAACUCAUCGUCUAAUGUAUAUGCCUACGUGCUCCUAAUGCUUAUUUAUCUCGGUUGAUUUCUUGGUUAUACAUCGUGCGUGCUAGUGCAAUUACUCAAUAAGCGUUGUAGACUUCAACCAUGGAGAGACGUCCUACUCUAUGUACUAUGAUGCAUUUCGUUUUUCUUGCAUGCAAUACAGUAGCUAUUUGGUUUGCAAGUGUUGAGCUAAUGUGUGAUGGUUUAUCUCGCUUAGCAUUUUGUCCAAGAAAUUAAUUAAUACUC